GAAUCUGGUGCUCACCGUGCUGCUGCGCAUCUUGCCUCUGGUCCUCUUGCCCUUGCUGGUGGGGAUUUUGCAACCGGAAGGCGAUGGGGGCAGCGGCGGCUACUGGAAGAUGGUCUUCUCCGCUGCCGCCUGCGGCGCGGUCAUCUCUGCAGCCGUGCCGUCCGCGCGCUUCGCCAUUUUGGCCGUGGCCAUUGUGACGGUGCUGCUGUUGAGCGUGAGCUACACGCAGGUCUUACAUGAACAUUUGGCCCGCCUGAACACCCCAAGUUCUCCCGACCUGCCUCGGCCUCGGGACCCGCUGGGCCCGCCCCGCGUUUUGGACGACGCCGCCACGGCGGCCGCGGCCGCGGCGGCGAAGAAGCGCGAGGCCGCUGAGCAGGUCGCGGCGUUUCGCUGGCGACCGGCGCCGCCCAAGGUGGAGGCCCCAGUUGAAAUGGCCAGCUUCAGUGUGGUGUUACCCUGCGCAUUCGAAGGAGAGUUCGCGGAAAAGACCGUGUGGGCUGUGUGGGAGAACACCGACAAGCAGAUUCUGAAGGAGAUCAUCGUGGUGGACGACGGCUCGCGUCCUCCCUUGCGGAAGAUCAUGUCGGAGCAGUUGCUGAGCGGUGGCCCAGGGGUGCCCAAGAUGAAGAUCGUGCGACACGAACACACCUUGGGCUUGAUCUCUGCCAAGAAGUCAGGUGGCGACGCUGCAUCGGGCGAUGUCAUCGUUUUCUUCGACUGCCAUGUGAGCCCCCGGAAAGGAUGGGAAAUGGCAUUCUUGAAGCAGAUGAAGAGGAAACACGACCAUCGCACCAUUGUGGUCCCCACGAUCACCUCCUUAAAUCCAGAUACCUGGAAAGAGAUUCCAGGUGGUGGAGGUGGCAAGGUGUGUUUCAUCCUUUGGAACAAUGACUUUACUUGGCUCUACAACCCCGGGCGGGACGCUCCAUUGAUGAGUGGAGGUUUGCUGGCUCUGAGCCGGAGAUGGUGGGAAGAGACCGGUGGCUACGACACCAAGAUGGUGGCAUGGGGCGGCGAGAACAUCGACCAAUCCCUGCGGAGCUGGUUGUGCGGUGGACGCAUUGAAGUGGCCGAUGGAGCAUAUGUGGCGCAUAUGUGGAGGGAUCCCAAGAAUCCCAAGACAGUUUUGCGCUAUCCCAUCCCCACCAAAGACGUGAUGCGCAACAAGGCCCGUGCCGCCACAGCUUGGUUCGGUGACUUCACGCAGAAGGUCAUGACCUUCCCGGAGUACGAGAUGUUCACCAAGAAUGGUGAGAGCAUUGGGGAUAUGAGUGAGUUUGCCGCACUGAAAGAGAAAUUGUCUUGCGCCCCCUUCACCAGUUACUUGGAUCGUUUCUCCUACAUCUACCUGGAUGGUGGUCUGAUCCCGGAUCAGGUUUUUCAGCUUCGAGAGAAGAAGACGGGACUCUGCUUGCAUAUCAAGCGCAACGAUCGAGCGCCUCAUAAUGUAGUCUUAGCAGCCUGUGCUGGACAUCAUGAUCUGCACCAAUCAUCAGAAUUGCAGCUCUUUCAUCGUGGGAACCGUGAUGCCUCCAAGCGUGGGAAGCCAUGCUGUAGCGGCAUCAUGCACUGGAACUUCCUGCAGUGUUUAGAUGCGCAACGUGUUGGAAUGGGAGUCCAGACAUUCGAGUGCGAAAUCGGAGGCAGCUCCCAGCACCAGAAAGUGCAACUGUCGGAAGAGGGGCAACUGCUGUGGAACUGGAAAGGCGCAUGGUCAGGGGCCCUGGGCUGUUUCGCCCCCCAAGCCCCGAAGCUGGGUGUGGCCACGGUCACCAGCGUUGACCACUGCAGUGCUAUGGUGGAAGCCUUGGGGGAUGAGACCUUCCCAGGUGAUACCGGAACGGUCCCCUCCGCCUUCCGCCUGAAAAGCCGGGACGGCGGUGGCGCGUGUGCCGCCGCUGGCACCAAGGAGGGCAACGGAGAUUCAGCCAGUAACAUGGAGCUUCAUUUCCGUCCCUGCGACGAGCAAGACGCCGCGCAGAUCUUUCGCGUGACACCGCGCUUCGGGGGCUUCGAGAUCAAAGCCGGAGACAGCGAUUACUGCUUGGACAGUGGCGGCGGAAGUCAAGUCUUGGUCUAUCCCUGCUACGAUGAGAAGGCGCACAACCUGAAUCAGGUCUGGCGAAUACGCGCCGCACGGCUCCUUUGGGAAGCGGAGCAUGGGAAUCCCAUCUGCGUUGAUGCCAAGAUCACUCAUGAGAAGGUCACCCCUCCGCAGGGCGAAUAUCGCCUGGUGACCUGCGCACCGAAGCCUGGACAGCGCUUGAAGAAACACGAGGAGAAUGGCGAGACCUUUCUGUUGAAGGACCAAGAUGAUGGACGUUGUCUAUCUGCUCUGUCUGGAAAUGUACUAGGCCUCUCGGAGUGCACCAACCAACAUCGCUGGCGCAUUCGCAGCACCAACCAGGGCGGUCCACCUGUGACCCAACUGCAACACGAGGCAUCAACGAUGUGCAUCGAUGCUGGCACUGACCAGAAACCCAUUCUGUAUCCAUGUCACCAGGGCCGUGUGAAUCAGCCACAAAAGUUCGCUGUCCUGGAGGAGCCCGGCUGGAUUCAGAGUCCCCUGACCUGGGGCGACAACGGUCGGCGGCGGACCUUCGAGCUGUGCCUGGAUCGUCUGCCGGUGCAGCAGCAGGGUGUGGCGAUCCAGGAGUGCCAAAAGACCCGCGCUGCUGGCGUGGAGUGGGAAGUGUUGAACCCCUUCGUCCCCCUGGAGCGGCAGCUGUGGGAACAUGCCGCGAAGCCGCCCAAGGGGACACCUGUCUUGGGCGGCGACAUGGCUCCGCCAUGA